CCUCAAUUUGGGGAAUGUCAUCAAUUAGUCUCUCGGUGAUUGCGUGAUUUCACGAAAGUCUUUCAUAUUCUGCUUUGUGCACUGAGUAUCUCUUCAAACUUCAGUGCAUGUUUCUACCACUUGAUGCUUUAUUAUAUGGGAAUCUAACUUUCACAAGAGCAUUUCAGGCAAAGACUUGUCUUGUUCCCCACUGGCAGGCAAUUUCACUCGGAUACACAAUCAAUAGGCUGAGCAUGGAAAGGUUAUCGCUGGAAGGUCUGUUUGAUUCCACGGAUCUCUCCUUUCUUAUUGAGGAAAAAAAAAUACGCUGUGCUAAUUACUGUACUUCAUUGACUAUUCUCCAGUCAGAAAGCGCACUUCCGACUUCUUGUCCUUCAAUCGCUGAAGGGAUGAUGGUAUCUGCCAAAAGCACACACUUGAAAGUACAUCCCAGCACAAACACACACACACACACACACACACACAAACACGGACACACACACACAAGCGCGCACACACACACGGCUUCAUAGGUAAAGAUUUCUUCCCUGACAUUGUUUUACCUAAAAUAAGGCAAGUGUGUGGCCACUGUCCCAACCCGGUUACACUCGUAUUCUACGUGCCUAUCAGCCUGAGGAGUAAUUGGAUUCAGGUGUUCUGGAAAGCAUGAUGUGGGCUGUGUCUGUUGAAUUCCCAGCAAUGCAAGGGGACACACCCUGUGACUCCUUCCUUAAUUGAGUGCUGAUAUUUGAUUGGUUUAUCGCGCACCUGAUGGGUGGGUGGGGUGUUCGCGGUUGGUGGGGGUGAGGUAUAUAAGGGCUGAUGCGGCCAGACAGCUCCUCAUUUGAACACCCUCUCGGAAGAGAUAGCGUCUUUCUGCAACCCGCGGUCCCAGCAGAAAAACCUUGUGAUCCUUGUUCCAGGCGACAUGGAGGACGACUCACUCUGCUUGGGAGGGGAGUGGCAGUUGAACCGCUUUUCAAAACUCACAUGUUCUGGGCCAGGUGCAGCUUUUGCUGAAAUCCAGCGGACUUCUCUCCCUGAGAAGUCACCACUCUCAUCUGAGACCCGUGUCGACCUCUGUGAUGAUUUGGCUCCUGUGGCAAGACAGCUUGCUCCCAGGGAGCAGCUUCCUCUGAGUAGCAGGAGACCUGCUGCGGUGGGGGCUGGGCUCCAGAAUAUGGGAAAUACCUGCUACGUGAAUGCUUCCCUGCAGUGCCUGACAUACACACCGCCCCUUGCCAACUACAUGCUGUCCCGGGAGCACUCUCAAACUUGUCAUGGUCACAAGGGCUGCAUGCUCUGUACUAUGCAAGCUCACAUCACACGGGCCCUCCACCGUCCUGGCCAUGUCAUCCAGCCCUCACGGGCAUUGGCUGCUGGCUUCCAUAGAGGCAAGCAGGAAGACGCCCAUGAAUUUCUGAUGUUCACUGUGGAUGCCAUGAAAAAGGCAUGCCUUCCCGGGCACAAGGUACCCGAGUUGGACGAGCACUUGGUGGAAACGGCCACUCAGGAAAGCACCUUAGACUACUGGAAAUUCCUCCAAGAGCAAAACAAAACCAAGCCUGACUUCAACGUCAGAAAAGUCGAAGGCGCCCUAGGACUUGUGCACUUGGUGGAACCCACAGAACGCCGGAAACAGACAGACCGACUUGCCUGUUUCACGGUGUCCAAUUCCAAUGAGUUGAAACGGAAAAUUUUCCCACUGGCAUACGGCAUCUGGGGAGAUUCCGGGUCAUUCGUCCAGCUGCGAAAGGUGCAUCUCUGA